UCGGUCCGCAGGCGCGGCGCGGCCCGGCCAUGCCGGCCAAGAGGAAGCCGGUGCUGCCGGCCCUCACCAUCACUCCCAGCCCAGUCGAAGGACCCGGACCCGGACUCGGUGGUUCCGCAGAGGCUAAUCUGGUGGACCUUCAGAAGAAGCUCGAGGAGCUGGAGCUGGAUGAGCAGCAAAAGAAGCGCUUGGAAGCUUUCCUCACUCAGAAAGCCAAAGUGGGAGAGCUGAAGGAUGACGACUUUGAGCGGAUCUCUGAGCUGGGGGCUGGCAAUGGUGGUGUGGUCACCAAAGUGCAACACAAACCCUCAGGGCUCAUUAUGGCACGGAAGCUGAUUCAUCUAGAAAUCAAACCAGCCAUCAGGAAUCAGAUUAUCCGAGAGCUGCAGGUGCUGCAUGAGUGUAAUUCCCCAUAUAUUGUGGGUUUCUAUGGAGCUUUCUACAGCGAUGGAGAGAUUUCCAUCUGCAUGGAGCACAUGGACGGUGGCUCCCUGGAUCAAGUGUUGAAAGAAGCCAAAAGAAUUCCUGAAGAAAUACUGGGGAAAGUCAGUAUAGCGGUUCUGAGAGGUUUGGCCUAUCUGAGAGAGAAGCACCAAAUCAUGCACAGAGAUGUGAAGCCUUCCAACAUCCUGGUUAACUCUCGAGGAGAGAUUAAGCUGUGUGAUUUUGGGGUCAGUGGUCAGCUCAUUGACUCCAUGGCAAACUCUUUUGUGGGAACUCGGUCCUACAUGUCUCCUGAGCGAUUGCAGGGCACUCAUUACUCAGUCCAGUCCGACAUCUGGAGCAUGGGUCUGUCACUGGUGGAGCUUUCUAUUGGAAGGUACCCAAUACCCCCACCAGACUCCAAGGAACUGGAAGCAAUAUUUGGCCGUCCUGUGGUGGAUGGGGCAGAGGGAGAAUCUCACAGCGUCUCGCCGCGGGCCAGACCCCCAGGACGCCCCAUCAGUGGUAGGGGCUGCCAUGCUGCAUUGGGGGGGGCUGCCAUGCUG